GGAAAAAAAAGACAGAGAGAAAUCGAAACGCUGUCGUCUAAACCCAGUCGCAACUGCUGCAAGCCUGCAACGCAAACUCUCAGUCGACACUGCGAAAUUGCAUAAUAGUUGGAGGGAGAAAUGAUAGGGGUUGGCAAAGCGAAGCAAUAUGCAAACGUGCUAGAUAGACCCAUUGGUAAAGGCAAACAAGAGGUCAGUUUGAGUGCGUUCGCCUUCUUGUUUUCGGAGCUCGUUCAGUACAAUCAGAUUCAAGUUGACAACAUAGCAGAGUUAGAAAGAAGGUUAGAGGAUGCCGGAUAUGCUGUUGGAGCCAGGGUUCUGGAACUGCUUUGUCAUAGGGAAAAGGGUAACAGGAGGGAGACACGGCUAUUGGGUAUUCUGUCUUUCAUACACAGCACAGUAUGGAAAGUGUUGUUUGCAAAGGUUGCUGACUCUCUUGAGAAAGGUACCGAGCAUGAGGAUGAGUACAUGAUCAGUGAGAAGGAGCUUCUUGUCAACAGAUUUAUUUCAGUUCCCAAAGAUAUGGGCGCCUUUAACUGCGGAGCAUUUGUUGCUGGAAUUGUGAGGGGGGUCUUGGAUAACGCCGGUUUUCCGGCUGUUGUAACAGCUCAUUUUGUACCUGUGGAUGGGCAGCACCGGCCCAGGACAACUAUUUUGAUUAAAUUUGCUGAAGAGGUACUGCAACGAGAAGCAAGAUUGGGUUAACAGAAGGGAAAAUUGGAGCAAUUGCUUUGGUAUGUUGACAUAUUUGCAAGCAUCUCGAGAAAUUCGUUUAUAAGAUAGGUGCAUGUUGAGAUGAUUGGCUAAGUUGAUGAUGUUACUUGUGAAGUUGCCGAGGGAUUUUCAUUACCAUUAACUUACAAUAUGAUUGUUUUAUGUUUAAAGACAAUGCUUUACUUGGAAUUUCAAGACAGCUACUUACAAAUCUUGUUGAGAAUUCCUAAACUUCA